AGCGAUGAAAAUGAUGAUGGUGACAGACGUAAUGAGGGAAAAAUUUACAAUCUAACUGAUAUAUUAACAACAGCAUCAAGUGAUUUAUAUGAACAACAACAACGACAAUUUUAUUUACAUAAUCAGCUGCAUUAUGUGCCAUCUGAUAUAUCAGCACCAACAACAAUGAAGCCGACCGAGAAGGAAAAGACAAAAGAGCGGUACUAUAUAUACAGUCAUAUUAAGAAAGUCGAUGAUGAUGCAGAAACGAGGAUAAAUAAUCAAAUAAUAGAAGAGAAUGCAGGAACUGAUGAAAAGAUCCGAAAAGCAAGAUCAUCUUCAUCGUCUGACAGGAAGCAAGUUAGUCGUAAUAUUUCACUCGUUCUUGAGAAUCUAUUGAUGAGCUAUGAGAACUCUCAGCUUCCUACACAUGGAGAAGGCAUUCCGACAAAAAUUCGAACAAAUAUUUUGAUAAGAUCUAUGGGACCAGUUAGUGAGAAGGCUAUGGAUUAUUCAAUGGACUGCUAUUUUCGUCAAUAUUGGCGCGACAAAAGACUCAGCUUCAAGUCACCAUUUAAAGAAUUGUCAUUGAGCAUUAAAAUGCUGGAAAGGAUGUGGAAACCGGAUACUUAUUUCUAUAACGCAAAAAAGAGUCACAUCCACACGAUUACAGUUCCAAAUAAGCUUUUAAGACUGUCCGAAGAUGGAGAUAUUCUGUACUCGAUGAGGGCUUACAAUACGCGCAAGCUGUCCAAUGCAACUGAGAAAUUUUCCAAUGGACCGUCAAAGUUGUCCUCUCAUUUUGGGAUCUUUCAGUUUGAUUUAAUUAGUUUUCGUCAAGAGAAUUUAACCCUUAGACGACGAGAGGGUGAUUUUAGUACGCUUCAAGUGCUAUUCAACUUGCAGCGUCACACUGGUUAUUUCUUAAUUCAGGUUUAUGUUCCUUGCAUCCUCAUCGUCAUCUUAUCAUGGGUUUCAUUUUGGAUUCAUCGAGAAGCAACAAGUGAUAGAGUUGGUCUUGGCAUCACAACUGUUUUAACACUCUCAACUAUCUCAUUAGAUUCGAGAACAGACUUACCAAAAGUUCGAUAUGCAACCGCAUUAGAUUGGUUUUUAUUGAUGAGUUUUUUCUAUUGCAUCGCAACAUUGUUGGAAUUUGCUGGUGUUCAUUAUUUCACCAAAGUUGGCAGUGGAGAGAUUCCGAUUUCUGAUGCUGAUGAUGACGAAUGGGAAGACGUAGACACAGUAGAGGAAAUAGGAGGCACACUAAAUCAUUCCUUAAUAUCAUCUCGAGAUUCGCCACAAAGAUUACUGAACAAUCGUCUUCGAAAUUCAAUGAUCUGUCCAAUAUACAAUGAAGCUUACAAUUCAACACAUUCUGAAUCACAAUCAGGAACGCAUUCACAUUUAUCAACAAUGGAGAGGACGACACAGACCGAGCCACCAAGAAAACCAAAAUGGAAACAAGUUUGGCUAUGUUUUAUUGGUGACGAUGAGUUUAGAAAGCAGCGAACAAAGGAAGCAAAUUCUGGUCCGAAAAAGCAUGUCAACUCGGUAUCGUUAAUUGAUCGUGCUGCCAGAGUCUUCUUUCCUACUUCAUUUGGAAUUCUGAAUUUGCUUUAUUGGCUAUUCUUAUAUUAUCAUGACACAUUCCAUUCAACACUACCAGCCUAA